GACGUCGGAGCAGUGACGGCACACGGCAGCAUGGCGGGCGGCGGGCGCCGGCCCGAGCACCGUGGGCCGCCCGAGCUGUUCUACGAUGAGGUGGAGGCGCGGAAGUACACGCAGAACUCCCGGGUGAUGGAAAUCCAGGCGCAGAUGUCGGAGCGGGCCGUGGAGCUGCUGGGGCUGCCCGAGGACCGGCCAUGCCUCCUCCUGGAUGUGGGCUGUGGCUCUGGGCUGAGUGGGGAUUUUAUCUCUGAAGAGGGGCACUACUGGAUUGGCAUGGACAUUAGCCCUGCAAUGUUGGAUGUGGCUGUGGAGAGAGAGGUGGAAGGAGACCUUCUUCUUGCAGAUGUGGGUCACGGCAUUCCCUUCAGGCCUGGCAUGUUUGAUGGCUGUAUCAGUAUUUCCGCAGUGCAGUGGCUUUGUAAUGCUGAUAAGAAGUCGCAUAGUCCUCCAAAACGCCUUUAUCAAUUCUUCUCAACUCUUUAUACUGCCUUGGCCCAAGGAUCCCGAGCCGUCCUGCAGCUGUACCCUGAGAAUUCAGAACAGCUGGAGCUCAUCACGGCCCAAGCCAUGAGAGCUGGCUUUACUGGGGGAAUGGUGGUAGAUUACCCUAACAGCACCAAAGCCAAGAAGUUCUUCCUCUGCCUCUUUGUUGGGGCUUCUGGCACAUUACCAAAGGGCCUUGGUACUGAGUGUGCUGAUGGAGAAGAAAUACACCAGGCAAAGUUCACCAGUGAGAGGACACGGUUCAGAAACACUAAGGGCAAGUCUGUGAAGAAAAGCCGGGACUGGAUUCUUGAGAAAAAAGAGCGCAGGCGACGACAGGGCAAGGAGGUACGAGCAGACACGAAAUACACAGGUCGAAAGCGCCGCCCUCACUUCUGAAUUGCUGUGGACACUGCUGACAUGGAAGACUGUGUGUUGGCUUCUCCAGUGAGCCUCCUGUGAAUGGCACAGAUGGGCACCCCAGGCCUGGGACUUGUUGGAACAGGUCACUGUGGCUCUUGCAGGUGUAGACUGGCUCAGGUGCAGCCAAACUGCAAACUGCAAAGCUGCCAGACCUGCUUUCUCUGAAGGCAGUGGCACAGAGUUCUGUCCAAUUGGUGUCUGCCAUGCCAUUGCUUAUUUUCCUAAUGGGGCGGUGAGCCAGAGCAUUAUAUCCAGCUUCUUCACUAAACAGUCAAUGAGUUAGAAGUGUUGCUGGUCUCCUGUGUUGCGUCCUCAGUGCAGGGGAGCUGAGGUGGAAAACAGCACCAGGUUUCCUGCCAGCUUCCCCUCUGCCUGCAGGCAGGUAGCCAGGCAGUAUAAAGGUGUGUGUCCCAUGAGAGCCAGUCUUCCUCUAGGCAGAAUGGCAGAAGUAUUAUCUGAACUUUCCUAUGGUGAUUCCUCCUGCAUCCGCUUCAAAUCAGGCCCACCCUGUAUUCAUUAAUGCUCUGAGGGUGUUGGAAUCUCUAAACUGCAACCCUUGCUGCCUGUCACUUCCUCCCUUCCCUUUAAAUAGAGGUGCCAGCCCAGAGCUUUACAGUUACAAAUGUUUAUUCUACAUAAAAAUUCCACAAAACGGGAA